CUCUAUCUUCUCCUAGCCACCACACUCCCGAUUUCCCCCUCCCAGUGACCUAGCCGCCACACUCCUGAUUUCCCCCUCCUAGUGACCUAGCUGCCUCACGCUCGACUCCUGACUCCCAGCGACCCAGCCGCCUCCCCCUAUUUCCCCACUGGCAUCUCUCCCUCUCUCUCCUCGUUGGCUCCCUCUCUCUUGUGUCGACCGCUGCUGGAGGAGCCUCUAGAGCCGCCGCCUCGUCGCUGCUGGAGGAGCUGCCGUGCCGCGCUGCUGGAGCCACCGAUGGACUCUCCCACUCGCCUUACCAGGUGUAAGGCGAGCAGGAUGCCUUACGUCGCCGGGCGCCUUACCGCUUAGACGACGCCUCGGGACACUUAACAACUAUGGUUACAAAUCCCUGUUACUUUUACUGUAUCCUAUUAUCUACCAGUACGAUAAGAUGAAUGAACCUCUAAAGAAAGAGAUGGACGACUGUUCGGCUCCCGCCCUCCCCUUCGGGCGGCUCUUUUGCUUCUGCCCUAUCCGCUCACCUUGCCAACGAUCCUCCUUCUCGCAUCCCCGUCUCUGCAUUGGCGCCCAGUCCAGGUUCGACGGCCACCUCGCCCCCAGUUUGUCCAUCUGUUCCUCGGUCGUCAGGUCCCUCUCUCCAUCUCUGCCUUCCUAGGAGCUUGCUGUUGGAUGGAACAAGGAGUUGCGCUGGAAAGGGAGUUCGACCAGUUUGACUGUGUGUUCGUUUGUAGCUGGUGCUGAGUCGCUUCCCUCAUUCAAAGAUGUGGUCUCCAAACUACAGGUGAAUCGUGUUGGUUCAUCCAAGCCUCCCAGGCCACUCUGCUCUGCCUCUGAGGCAGGGGCAGGGCCGACGGAUCUUCAAGCGGAGGAUGGUGGUGGUUGGAUGCUGGUGGUGUCCAAAAGUUCAAGGAAGCAGGCUCAAAGGAAACAGAGGAUAGCACACUUGGUGGAGUUGAAUGGGCGAUGCUUGAAAUGGUUGGCGAGAGGUCACUUUGUAAGAUUUUGCAAGCAGGGGACGAGGUGUUUUUGCUGCAAAGCGCUUGGUCACAGGUCCUACAAUUUCCCAGAAGGAGAUAGUUUGCAGGCGACUCGGCAUGCUGUGAGGGUCCUUGUCUGGGAGUGGUUGACCCCGGAGUUUUUUCGAGAGCCUGCCUGUCAUGGCUUUGUUCUCAGAACUUCGGUGUGGCUGCGACUCAAGGAUCAUGUAGGAAGACGAGUGUUGAAGCCCAAUGCUGUUUGGAGACUCAAGGAUCACGCAGGAAGGCGAAUGUCGAAGCCCAAUGCUAUAUGGAAAAGAAUUUCUCCUUCUGGUGUUGAAAUAGGAGGUUCAUGGUGUGUUGUGUCGGAGGUUGCAGCACCCUCGAAUGGCUUGCACCAGCAGGGUCAGAAUCCUGUGAGUGCUGAACCAAGAGGGGAUGAUCUCUCUCCCCGGCCAUGAUGAAGACGAUGGUGGAAGAGGCGAACCUCGUUGGAUGUCUCUAAUCCUGCUCGGGACCCUCCUAGCCUAGUAGGAAGGGAUGAGAUUCAGAG